AUUCUUACGGUUCUCUGCUCCUUCCACUUCUCCGACUAUUGUAGCUUUUCCAAACAGGUCCUCCACAUUCCGCCGGUGCUGCAGCACUAUGUCAUAGCGACCGCUCGAGCCAGCGGACAGCAGAGAGGUGCAUCACCGAGCAAUGCACUCUAGAAGCGCGCAGAUCAUGUAGAAGACUCCUGAACGAAUCUGUGAUCUGGCAUGGAUUUAAGAAGGCAUGUCAUGUGCUUUUUUGCUCAGUGAAACUGAAGAAAUGAGAUUCGAUUUCUCUGGAAGAGGAAUGGGAUGCGGGGAACUCCACCUCGACGCCUCCCUCCGCGAAUAGAAAAUGUGUGAGACACUGGAUGAAGGGCAGAGGAAAAGACACUAUAGAAUUGUGCUGCGUUUUAUGGAGAGAGGGACAGCUCUGCUUGGGACAAGCUAUUCUGCUUACCUGUGAUUCUAUAGAGAUUUAUGGGGCAGAUGGACAGCGGGCACAUUUAUGAAGCAAUAUAACUGUGAGAAGAUGCUUGCAUGUUUAAUAUUACUUAUUAAUCCAUAAGUUUCAAUUGCAUAGUAUAAAAAAUGUGUAUUUUUAAAUAAGCCAUUUUAGUUUAAACUAUGCAAUGUUUCUGAUCUUCUGCUGUUAACUUUUUUCACCCAGUCACUCAAUUCAUCUAUGCAUAAAUGAUCCUUUCAGUAAUUUCCGGCAUGCAAAAACAAAAAAAAAUCAAUGUCUUUACUGUAUUUGCUGUCUAGAACAUGCUUAAGCUAUUGCAGAGUUGCCAGAUGCGUGACUUGGUAAUUGGGUAUGUCAACUGUCUGUCAGGCUUGUCUUAAAGAUUUACCAACAAAGCAAGGUUUUUCUAGCAGCCAAGGUCAUUUUAAAACCAAAUGAGCUCUUAUUAGCUGACUCACAGUUUCUUGGGCUGCAAAAUUACAGUUCUUUUGCUCUUGUGUAAACAACGGACAAUAUGGGGAACAUACUUUACUGUUGCCGUAAGGUUUCCGAGUUCGUUAAUGCCAAGGGAGUUGGGAACCAAACCGAGGAACAGUCUCUGCUGCUAUCCCAAGAGAAUAGUGAUAUAGAAAGUCUUUCUCCUUCAAGAAGCUCAGCUGACCUACUGGCCUCUCCUGUUCUGGACCAAGAUCAUCUCCUGUUCCCAGAUAUCAUACUUAGCAGCAACCUUCGGGUCAGAGGGGACUCAAUUCAGCCUUUGGAGCUCUUGUUGGCAACGAGGAGGGAAGCACAAGAUGUCAGAAGGGACGAAGGAGUUUACGAAAGCAAUCUACGAAAUGGAGGAGAGAGAAAUAGAGAGCUGGUGGGGCCGCCAAGCACAAACAUUACAGGCAUAAAUCAAUUAUGCUCCACAGAGGAUGAAUGGCCCCUUCUGUCGUCCCUGUACAAGACACCUGCUGCUCAAAACCGAAUAUGCACUCAUGGACCAGAAGCAGACACUUGUAAAUCUCAUGGGAUGGGAGUAUUUGCAGAUAUUACGGUAAGUCAAAAUUCUUUUUCUGGUCAUGUUAACAUUCCUGUGCUUGCUGCAUCUUCGCUGGAUGCCUCACAAAGUGACACUGACGUCAGUCAGAGAGAAGAUGGUUGGACUCAAACAGAGCAGCUCACUGAACGUGAAGAACCUAAGGAGCAAUUGAGAGUAAAUGUAAUACACACCGAAAAGAAACAGGACAAGAAACUACCGAAUGAACCAAACAGUGCAGCACAAACACCUCUUGAUGCGACGAAGAUGCAACCUGCCUAUGGCAUUACAAGUGAAUGUCCUUUGCUUCAGAAGACGCAAAGGGAAGCACAAACUUUGGAACCCAUAGCACAACCAGAUGACUUUGAAGACUCUCAAAGACCAGACCCAGAGCAAAAUGCACAGACGUAUGAGACACUAGAGAUGGAAAUUAUAAAGAGAAGGCAUGCUAAUGAGAAUGCUACUACAACUGCAGAGCUUCUUCUUUGUAUGGAGAAGAAAAUAUCUCAUGUAGAACAACAAGACAUUACAGACAUGAGCUCUGGGCUGAUGGAGCAAGAGUUAGGGGAGAUUGAGCAAAGCCUGUCACAGAUGGACCAGGAUUUGAUGUGGAAAAAGAAGGAAGUAGAACAGAUGCAGUGGGACCUGGAAGCGCUAAAGCAGAGCACAGGGUUAUCACUGCGGGAUUCUGAGCAGACAACCCUCACUGUGACACAGGUAGAACAAAGAAAGGAUCAGACUGAACGCUUCACACUUUUUGUGGUUGAUAAACUGUUCCUGGCCACUCCAAACAUUUCAGCACCCAGCCCUGACACCAUGUCCAGUGGCCAUGUGCCAGACACCCCAGCAGACAACUUGACAGAACAAGUUGAGGGCGACAGCAAAAAACAAGAGCUUCCUGCUGUUCCGGACAUGGACGUAUCUGAGGAUACAGGGUUCACAGUGAAGAUCCAGGCUCCUGGAACAGAACCCACUGACUUCCAGGUGUCACCUUUAGCGAUGGUGCAGGAAAUUAAGCAAGUGUUGAUGGACCGGGAAGAGACCUGUCGUCGUACCUGCUUCUCCCUGCAACUCAAUGGAAUAACUCUUGACAACUUUGCCCACCUUAGAUCUAUACCAGGUCUUCAGGAGGGCUCCAUUCUGAGGGUAGUGGAGGAGCCAUACAAUUUUCGAGAAGUGCGUAUCCAUUUACGUCACAUCAGAGACCUUUUAAAGAGCCUGGACCUUACUGAUGGCUAUAAUGGAGUGGAGGGCAGCUCACCGUCCUUUCUCAGCUGUGUCACAGAAGAAUGUCAGGAAGAGGACAGCAAACCUAAGCGAAGAGGUGACGGGUUAAAGCAGAUGAGCUGCAGCCCUCCAGAUCACAUCCUUCCAGGUUCUAAGGAGCGUCUGCUGGUUCCCCUACUACCUCAUACAAAUUCUGGGAAGUCCUCAGGGUGCUUGAAGGUUCUGACCAUGAGUAGCUGGAAUCCCCCUCCUGGAAACAGAAAGAUGCACGGAGACCUCAUGUAUCUUAAUGUGGUCACCAUGGAAGACAGACACUUCAGCAUAACGGCAUCAAGUCGUGGGUUCUACGUAAAUCAGUCUACAACUUACAGCUUUAACCCAAAACCAGCCAAUCCUAGUGUCCUCAGUCACGCACUGCUGGAUCUCCUGAGUCAUAUCAGUCCAGUUUUUAAGAAGAACUUCAGUGCCUUGCUGAAAAGGAGAGGAUCCACACACCCUUUUGAAAGGAUUGCUACACCUUUCCAGGUGUUCAGCUGGACUGCUCCAGCACUUGACCAUACAAUGGACUGUGUUCGAGCAGAGGAUGUCAGCUCCUUCUGCCUGGGUUAUGAAGAACACGUACCUGCUCUGGCCCGGGACUGGAAUGAAGAACUUCAGACCACAAGAGAGCUUCCAAGGAAAACCGUGACUGAUCGUCUGAUGAGGGACCGAGCUGUUUUUAAGGCUAACAGUGAUUUUGUGAGUACUGCCACUCGAGGAGCCAUGGCAGUGGUAGAUGGUAACGUCAUGCCUAUCAACCCUAGUGAAGAACCACGACAACAAAUGUUCAUCUGGAGCAACAUUGUCUUCAGUUUAGGCUUCGAUGUGCGGGACCAGUACAGAGAUCUUGGAGGUGAGGCUGCGGCCCACGCCGCCCCUGUUCUUGACCUAAAUGGUGUGAGAGCUUAUUGGGCAGUGGAUCAGGAAGGCCUCUUCCUGAUUGGCACUGUAGUGAUCGAUUACCGUGGCUACCGCGUCACUGCCCAAACUAUCGUGCCGGGAAUUCUUGAGCGUGACCAAGAACAGAGUGUCGUCUAUGGCUCCAUUGACUUUGGCAAGACUGUUGUGUCUGAUGACAGGUAUCUAGAGCUGCUUGACAAACCCAGUAAGAAGCUGAGAGUGCAGCGCCACCUAGUGCUAAACAAAGAUGAUACAGCAGUUGAGUUGUGUUCCUCGGUGGAGCACAAGGGUAUUGUGGGUAAUGAUGGACGGCGCUACAUCCUGGAUCUACUUUUUACCUUCCCGCCCGACCUCAACUUUCUUCCUGUAGAAGGAGAGGAUUUAAAUCCUGUGUGUCAACAGCUAGGCUUUCCAAAGUUACAUCCUCAUCGCCUGGUCUGCCUGAGACAAGAACUCAUUGAUGCCUUUGUGGAGCACAGAUACCAGAUAUUCAUGGAGACUGUCUCCAAAAGUACUGAGCAUGACAGAGAAAUCACCAAAGCCGUUGGCACAUCUGCGAUAAAAUGUGAUCCAAUUACUACGCCUCAGCUUCCCUCAACUACUGUCACACUCCAAGACCAGGACGCAGAGCACCAUUCCCUAAAAAAUGUGCCAGUGAAUAACAUCCAGCAGGGGUCUUCAAUAAAGCAUGUCUUCUCCUCCCUCGGGGAUACUUUCCACAUACAUUUCAACCCUAACGUCUUUUGUGCAGGUGUACGUUUUCCCAAGGAAAGUACUGAAGAUAUCCAGAAACAGAAACAGCAGUUAAAGGAUGCGGCAGUGUUUCUAAUUUCCAAUCAAAUCGCUGCAUUUACGAAGAGUUGCCUUGACCACACAUCAAUGCCUUUAGAUGGUGUCACACUAACAGAGGCUCUCCAUCAGCACGGCAUCAACAUCCGAUACCUGGGAACUGUGCUGGAGUAUAUUGAGAAGAUACCCCAGAAGGAAAGACUUGAUCAUGUCUAUAGAAUUGCACUCUGUGAGCUGAUCACCAGAUGUGCAAAACAUCUGUUUAAGACGUAUCUUUUGGCUGUAGAACCAUCUGCCUUGUCCGCCUCCGUCAGCCAUUUCCUCAACUGCGUCCUGAGCUCCUUCGCUGAGGCCAGAGUCAUUCAGCAGAAUGACAAGUUAGCUUCUAGACGCAGGAGUCGGAGAAGGCGGAGCCGUGCAUCUGUGGGCAGCGCUGUGACCUCCUGCUCCAACCUCACUCCGACUGACCUUUGGGGGGCCAUCAAAGCUGAGGCUCAGGAGUACUACCAUUACAGCCUGCCCUGUGGAAGCGUGGAGGAGGCAGUGGACAAAUGCAGGCUGCAGAGGAUCACCCUGCUCAGAGAGAUCGCCAUCAAAACUGGCAUUCAGAUUCUUUUAAGAGAAUAUCACUUUGAUUCUGAGCACAAAACUCUAUUCAAUGAAGAGGACAUCCUUAACAUUUUCCCCAUAGUAAAGCACAUCAGCCCUAGGUCCAGUGAUGCGCUUUAUCUCCUGCGUUGUGGUCAGUCUAGGGUACAGCAAGGUUGUCUGAAAGAGGGCUGUGAGUUAAUAAGCCAGGCUCUGGGUCUCUUCACUAACGUCUACGGAGCUCUCCAUCAGGAUGUCUGCAUAUGUCUGCGGUUACUGGGACGCAUACACUACAUCCUCGGAGACUACGCUGAGGCCCUCAGUCACCAGCAGAGGGCUGUGCUGAUCAGUGAGAGAGUUCUGGGAAUUGAGCAUCCCAACACUAUACAGGAAUACAAGCACCUUGGUCUUUAUUGCUUUGCUGUGGGCCAGCCAGUGACAGCUCUGCGAUUACUAUACCGCGCACGCUACCUGAUGCUCCUGGUGUGUGGAGAGGACCACCCUGAGAUGGCUUUACUGGAUAGUAAGAUAGGUCUUGUGCUUCAUAGUAUGAUGGCCUGUGACCUUUCCCUCAAGUUCCUCGAGAACGCCCUUGUCCUGACCUCCAAAUAUCAGGGACCCUCAUCUCUCAAACUGGCACAAAGUCAUCACUUGUUGGCAAAGGUGCAUGAAAGUAAAGGAGAUUUCCGUGCUGCACUGACGCAUGAAAAGGAGCGUUAUGGCAUAUACAGGAAGCAGGUCGGAGAAGCACAUGAGAAGACCCAAGAAAGUUCAGAGUACCUAAAGCAUCUGACACAUCAAGCAGUGAUUCUACAGAAAACUAUGAACUGGAUCUACAAAACUGGCUCAGACACCAAUAUCCCCCCUUUCAAUCUGAACUCUCCAAGUCGUGUCUGGAUAAUGGAGCAGCUAAAUCUCGUCACUGGGAUUGUCCUUAUCCCUCUCAGUAACAGAGACCUUGAGAAACUCAGGACUGAUGCUCAGAAAACAUCUCAGCUCACACAAAAUAAUGUUGAGUCCGUUGAGGAUCUGCAGGGGCCGUUUGAGGAGCACGGCACAUCACAAGCUAUUGCUCAAGAGGACUAGCGCUUUGUAAUUUAGGACUGCACUUUAAAUAAAGUGAACAAACAGAUGAGCCCCUAAAUGAACAGGGUUCUAGCUGGGGUUUAAACAUAUUAACAUAAAGAUAACAAUUCAAAAGUGUAAAUGAACUCUUGAACAAAUGGUGUGGUGGAUGAUCUUGCCACACAAU